UGUCCACCGGCUAUUCAAGAGUGCAAAGUCCUGUUUGACAGAAUGUAUGCUCCCAAGAGCACUACAAGCCUCGACAAAGAACUUGCUGAAGAUCCUUUGGACGACAGUGCGAUAUUGCAUGCAAGACUAAGAUUUGAUGGUAUUAUUUACAGCAGAGCUUCUACGCAUGUUGGGAAUAGUCAAGUCCUUUUUUACCCUCAGGGUGACCGGUUGUCAUCUCCUGUCCCUGGCAGCAUCCAACAUAUCUAUGCUAUGCCCACAGGUGAACUGGUAUUUGCUGUACACAGACAGCUCUCACUGUAUUGUCAUGACCACACUAUUGACCCUUUUGCU